UUCCUGCUCUCAAACACAGCCAGCUCCACUCUGUUCAUGUGUUUCCUUGUUCCCUCCCUUCAGAUCUACAGUUUGAAGAUGGGUGGAACCAACAUGUGGUGAAGUGCGAGAGCUGACAGGCCCCGUUCACUGCAGAGACACAUGUUGUUUAGAUCAGAGCUCAAACUAGUUUCAGUUCUGAGGAAGUGAAACUCAGACAGUCGUUGUCACCGAGAGCUGAAAUGGCGCAGAAAGCAGAUCAGCUGGACCGGGAGACCUUCUCUUGUUCCAUCUGUCUGGAUCUACUGAAGGAUCCGGUGACUAUUCCCUGUGGACACAGCUACUGCAUGAACUGUAUUAAAAGCUUCUGGGAUGAAGAGGAUGAGAAGAGAAUCCACAGCUGCCCUCAGUGUAGGCAGACCUUCACACCGAGGCCUGUCCUGGGGACAAACACCUUGUUAGCAGCUUUAGUGGAGCAGCUGAAGAAGACUGGACUCCAAGCUGCUGCUGCUGAUCACUGCGGUGCUGUACCUGAGGACGUGGCCUGUGAUGUCUGCACUGGGAGGAAACUGAAAGCUGUUAAAUCCUGUCUGGUUUGUCUGGCCUCUUACUGUGAGAAUCACCUGCAGCCUCAUUAUGAAGCAGCUCCAUUAAAGAAACACAAGCUGGUGGAGCCCUCCGAGAAGCUCCAGGAGAACAUCUGCUCUCGUCACGAUGAGGUGAUGAAGAUGUUCUGCCGCACCGAUCAGCAGUGUAUCUGUUAUCUCUGCUCUGUGGAUGAACAUAAAGGCCACGACACAGUCUCAGCUGCAGCAGAAAGGACUGAGAGGCAGAGAGAGCUCCAGCUGAGGCGACAAGAGAUCCAGCAGAGAAUCCAGGACAGACAGAAAGAUGUGAAGCUGCUUCAACAGGAGGUGGAGGCUCUCAACGGCUCUGCUGAUGAAGCAGUGGAGGACAGCGAGAAGAUCUUCACUGAGCUGAUCCGUCUCAUGGAGAAAAGACGCUCUGAUGUGAAGCAGCAGAUCAGAUCCCAGCAGGAAACUGAAGCCGGUCGAGUCAAAGAGCUUCAGGAGAAGCUGCAGCAGGAGAUCGCUGAGCUGAAGAGGAAAGACGCUGAGCUGAAGCAGCUCUCACACACAGAGGAUCACAACCACUUUCUACACAACUACCCCUCACUGUCACCACUCAGUGACUCUACAGACUCAUCCGGCAUCAAUGUCCGUCCUCUGAGAUACUUUGAGGACGUGACAGCAGCUGUGUCACAGCUCAGAGAGAAACUACAGGACGUCCUGACAGAGACAUGGACAAACAUCUCACUGACAGUGACUCAAGUGGAUGUUUUACUGUCACAACCAGAGCCCAGGACCAGAGCUGACUUCUUAAAAUAUUCAAAGGAAAUCACAGUGGAUCCAAACACAGCAUAUUCAUGGCUGUUAUUAUCUGAGGGAAACAGAAAAGCAACAGUAAUGAGGGAAAAACAGCCUUAUCCUCGUCAUCCAGACAGAUUCACUUCACACCCUCAGGUCCUGAGUAGAGAGAGUCUGACUGGACGUUGUUACUGGGAGGUGGAGUGGAGAGAAGGAGUUCGUGUUGCAGUCUCAUACAAGAAUAUCAGCAGAGCAGGGGAGGAAAGUUUAUUUGGAUAUAAUGACAAAUCUUGGGCAUUAUAUUGUGAUCAAAACAUCUUUUCAUUUAGGUUCAACAGCAUCAUCACUCCAGUCUCAGGUCCUCGGUCCUCCAGAGUAGGAGUGUACCUGGAUCACACAGCAGGUGUUCUGUCCUUCUACAGCGUCUCUGAAACCAUGACUCUCCUCCACAGAGUCCAGACCACAUUCACUCAGCCUCUCUCUGCUGGACUCAGGCUUUAUUAUAGAAACGCCACAGCAGAGUUGUGUAAAGUGAAAUAGAGAGAAGUGAGUAAAAAUGUGUAUUUUAGCUCCUCAAUGUAUUUUGUGUCUUUGUGUUUGUUGCUGAGAGUCAUUGUCAGCACUUUAUUUUAUUAAACCACAUGACCAUAAAAUGUUAUUCAAUACACAUCAAUAGUUUAUGUGUCAGUAGUAAUUAUCUAUGUCACCUUUGUGUUUUUUCUGAAAAUAAAAAGGUUAAGAACACAAUCAAAAAGCAAAAUUCUGACAGCUCUGUGUAAAAGGCAGCUUAUAUUGAACAAUGUAAACUGAUUGCAAUUGUAUAAUUUCUUUAAACAUUUAUGUAUUUACUUAAUUCAGAAACAAAAUAUGCAAAACACAUAAAAUCUAUAACAACUGCAGGAUACAAAAUAAUUUAAUUGUAACAGUUACCAUGGUAUAACAAAUACCAUCAAAUUGCCAGAGUUGAACUGGCUUUAAUAUUAGAAGUGUUUUGGAAACUGCUUAAAUAUCAUCACUAAUAAACACAGAAAACACUUUAGAUGAGUGUAUAGACUUACAUAUAUAUAUAUAUAUAUAUAUAUAUAUAUUGUACAAUAUAGAGGACUGUUCACUUACACUUACACGGAUCAGCAGAGAUUCCCAAUGAACAACAGUGAGCUCUCUUUUUAUAUCAUUCAAGAGACCAGUUCUGAUAGUAACUCAUGAUACGAAGGCAGGUGUUGGAACAAACCGUGUUACUACACCCUCCUUAUUAGGUGGUGUUGAGUACUGUGGCAGGUGUUUAUAUUUUGUCUGUCUGGAUGUAGUAAAAUAAGUAACUCUAUGUCUCCACUGUCUUCAGGUUAACUUGAGGGUGCUUGACUCUAUAGUAAUAGACUAUAUAUUGCAGAACAAAACAGCUGUCAGAAGUAUCUAUUACUAAUAAUCAGUGUUGUAUGUCUACAAACAGGCAAAGAGCUUCCACUAAAGGAAGAAUUAAACCCUUUCGGUGUGACAAAGGUUCUGCUGUCUUGUUCUACAGAGUGAAUUGCUUUGAAAACAGAAUGAAAUCAACUGUGUGCCAACCUAGAAACUAUAUUGUGAGUAUUUUUUAGACUAAUCACUUAGUCAUUAAAGUGUUUUUUUUAUUAGUGUCAUGAUUUUGAUGCAAUAACAUAAUAGCUGGUAUAAAUCUAUACUCUUACGAUGCUUCUUCCAAUAGUAUGCAUGUCCAACCACAUUUAAGGAUGAAUAUUAAUAUGCUUACAUGUAACAACACCAUUUUGGUCUUAUUUUUAUUUUAAAGUUUUUGCUGUUUUUAGGACCGAGAUCUGCAUAAUAUUUUCCUCCCUGGCUUCAUGUCUAGUGAGCAUCAUUUUCUCUUUGUAACUCUCAUGCAUGAUUUCAGAUUUUAUCAUAUUAAAACGAUUAAGAUGCUAUUUGUGAAAUUGUGAGUCGUCAUCUGGUCUAUAGCGUGAAUGUUGAUGCAGAGAAGAAGUGGCAAGCAUGCAGGGCUAGAAAAUAAUUCAAUAGCCAUUUAUUGAUUGAUUGUAUUGUGAAACAAUUGUGUCUUUAUGAUGAAGAUGUCAGCAAAGGUUGGCCUGUUAAGUGAUAAGCUACACGCUGAUGUCAGGAAAAGAGAAAAGACUAAAGGCCGUAGUAAAACUUAUUGUUUAAUAGUUUAGUCAGAGCUUCUUUAUUAAACCACAGGACAAUAAAAUGUUAUUCAACACACAUCAAUAGAUUAUGUCUCAGUAGUCAUUGUUUAUAUCACCUUCCUGUUUUCUAAAUAUAAAAGUUAGGAACACACACAAUGAAAAAGGAAAAUGCAAACAGUAAAAUACAUAUAA